UAUAUAUAUAUGAGCCAGAUUCAAAUCAUUGUAUCACUUGUUCUUUACUAAUUGUGUAUAGAUAUUUUAACUCAAAUAUUAAUUAUGCAGAGCAUGAAACAAUCCCUCUUCGAUCAGGGAUUUCUGGACGAUCAGUUUGAGCAACUUGAAGAUCUCCAAGAUGAUGCAAACCCUAAUUUUGUGGAGGAAGUAGCCGCGCUGUAUUUCCGCGAUUCGGCUCGACUACUCCACAAUUUAGAGCAAGCCAUGCAAAAGAAGGCUCUUGAUUUUGGUAGGCUUGAUGGUUAUAUGCACCAGUUCAAGGGCAGCAGUUCAAGUAUUGGAGCCAGGAAGGUGAAGAUGGAGUGUACACAGUUCAGUGACCACUGCAGAAUGGGAAAUGCUGAAGGAUGCAAGAGAACCUUCCAACAGUUGAAAAAAGAGCAUUCCACUCUCAAAAAGAAGCUACAGCUCUAUUUUCAGUUUGCCCGACAAGCGGGACCCUCUAAUAAGGCGUGUCGCCCCAAAUAAUGCAUUUCGCUGCUGCUAAUGAUCACAUAUAUAUACAUAUAUUGUAGCGACAAAUUAAGAUAGUUUUAUGAUCUGCAAUCAACAAUUUGUACUCGCCCUAUAUAUUGUUAAU